CAGUUGGAAAGGGGAGAGUUGAUUAAAGUGUAAACCGACAAGUUGCAUACAAAAAAGAGCUACAACACUCUUCUCUCCAUUCUCCAAACUCCAAACGAUCAAACGCGUCUGUUAUUACCAAACACGCCCUUCUCUAUCCCUCUCUCUUCUGCACAAUUUCAUUUCUUCUCUUUCACUCUUCAACGUUUUCUCAAUUCUUCUCCUCCAUUACCAUUCUUCACUGCGAUCUCCAACCAAUUAGCAUUUCAACAAUGGCGAGGGCUACCACUGGCCCCGCAUAUCCUGAAAGAUUUUUCGCUGCUGCUUCUUACGUUGGUUUUGCCGGAUCUCCCGAUUCUGCUAACUCUAACACUGUCGUUCCCAAGUUCAACAAUGAAGUCUCUCUUUUGCUCUAUGCUCUCUAUCAACAGGCUACUGUUGGACCAUGUAAUAUUCCAAAACCAAGUUCUUGGAGUCCUGUUGAGCAAAGCAAAUGGAAAAGUUGGAGUGGCCUAGGAAACAUGGUUCCUACAGAAGCUAUGCGAUUGUUUGUGAAGAUUUUAGAGGAAGAGGACCCAGGAUGGUAUUCAAGAGCUGAUGUGGUAUCAGACGCUGUUGUUGACGUACAAAUGAAUCAUAAUUCAAAGAUUGAGGAUGUUGUUGCGAAUGGCAAUGAUUUUCCACAGACAAAGACAGUUUCCUCAGAGAAUGGAAGAGUUGUGGAAUCUCAGGAUAAGGAUGUUGUUUCUGAGGGUUCUGGUUCAAUUAGUGUCUAUGACCAAUGGGUAGCACCUCCUGUUUCCGGUCAACGACCUAAACCUCGAUAUGAGCAUGGAGCAGCUGUGAUAGGGGAGAAGAUGUAUGUGUAUGGUGGAAAUCACAAUGGUCGUUAUCUAAAUGAUCUUCAGGUUUUAGAUCUGAGAUCCUGUACCUGGUCCAGAGUUGAGGUCAAAACAGGGGCUGAAACAUCCGGGGAAACUACUAUAUCAUCUAUUCCUUGUGCGGGUCAUACGCUGGUACCUUGGGGAAACAAGCUUCUUUCAGUUGCUGGGCACACAAAGGAUCCUUUGGAGACAAUUCAAGUGAGGACUUUUGAUAUACAAACAUCUACUUGGUCAAUCCUGAAGACAUAUGGAAAGCCACCGGUAUCACGUGGGGGUCAUUCAGUUACCCUUGUGGGCUCCAGCUUAGUAAUUUUUGGUGGUCAAAAUGCAAACAGAACUCUUCUAAAUGAUCUUCAUCUUCUUGACUUGGAAACCAUGACAUGGGAUGAAUUUGAUGCUGUGGGUGUGCCUCCUUCUCCAAGGUCUGAUCAUGCUGCUGCAGUACAUGCAGAACGUUAUCUUCUAAUUUUUGGUGGUGGUUCUCAUGCUGCUUGCUUCAAUGAUUUGCAUGUUCUUGAUUUGCAAGCUAUGGAAUGGUCAAGACCCACCCAACAAGGUGAUAUACCCACUCCGCGUGCUGGACAUGCAGGCGUCACUAUUGGAGAAAAUUGGUUUAUCACUGGAGGCGGUGAUAAUAAAAGUGGAGCCUCUGAGACCGUUGUUCUUAAUAUGUCAACGCUUGCCUGGUCUGUUGUUACUUCAGUGCAAGGACGGUCUUCACUUGCCAGUGAGGGUUUAAGUUUGGUUGUUGGCUCAUACAAUGGGGAAGAUACUCUUGUUGCUUUUGGAGGUUAUAAUGGCCGUUACAACAAUGAGGUUAACGUUCUCAAACCUAGCCACAAAUCCACCUUGCAAACAAAGAUGGUGGAAACACUUGUACCUGACAGCGUGUCUGCUGUGAAUAAUGCUACAAAUGCAUCUGAAGUGGAUGCUAGGAAAGAUGGAAGAAUUAUGGAAAUUGUAAUGGACAAUAUUGAUGAGGAGAAAGUUAAAAGCAAGGAAGGGGGAGAACAUUCUCUAACAGCGCUUAAAAAAGAAAAUGAAAAGCUAGAAUCUGAAUUAAGUCAAGAAAAAUUGCAGAAUCAGCAGUUGAAGCAAGAAAUAGUAGAAGCAGAAAAUCGAAAUGCAGAUCUUGUAAAGGAGCUCCAAUCUGUACGUGGUCAGCUUGCUGCAGAACAAUCUAGAUGUUUCAAGCUUGAGGUGGAUGUUGCUGAAUUGCGGCAAAAGCUACAAACAAUGGAGCAAUUAGAGAAAGAAUUAGAACUUUUGCGCAGACAGAAGGCAGCCUCUGAACAAGCUGCUUUAAACGCAAAGCAGAAGCAGGGUUCAGGUGGUGUAUGGGGUUGGCUUGCAGGGACCCCAACUUCUAAAGAGGACAAUGCCUGAUGAUUCUAAAAGAGGGAAUAUUGCUAGCUUUCUUUGUGAUUGAUUCCAUUUCUUAGUGAAUUUCAGUUUUGUUUUGCGUAUUUUACAAAAUUUUUUGAUCCUAAAAUUUUACGAAAAAAUGUUCCUAGUUCAAAAUCGAGACAUGCAGAGGAAUACAAAUUGGAAGUUAUGUAUAAAAUAGCCAAAUAGUCCAUUUGGGCUCAUUAUGUGCAGCUUGUAGUAUUUAAUCUGAUUCUCUCAAUGAGAGGGUAUGUAUUUUUGUGAGAGAUUUUUUUUUUUUUCCAAAUGUGGAUACGGCAGUGAAAGUUCGUUUCCUUUAUCAAUUACGAUAUACGAGUACUUAUUUAGAGCAUUGAAUAAUAUUAUCAAAGAUGAAUUGGGUUAAAUGGGUUCAAGGUAAUAAAUGUGUUUUGG